AUGUAUCGUCACUGCGGUCAGCUCUCUCGCCUUGGCGGUCAAGCUUACAAAGGACUCUCGGCUAGUGCACGAUCCUACUAUCUGAGAGAUGCAAUCUUCACGCACCGUGCACAGAUCCACCUCGGCAGCUUUCGUUAUGCCGCAUCAGACAGAAGCAAGGUCGAAUACACGCUUAAAAUGUUGAAGGAGGACCUCGAGCGCCAGCAAGAUGAGGAGGCAAAACGUCUGAAAUUGGUGCCAGCUUCACAAGAUGACAACAAAAAACUGACGAUUAGACAGAAGAUCGUCCACGAAUUGAAGCAUUAUUACCAUGGUUUUCGCCUACUUUUGCUCGAGACCCGCGUUGGAGCCAAGUACCUCUUCCGUAUUAUGCGCGGUCAAACCUUGACUCGACGUGAACGACAGCAGCUGGUUCGUACCGUUUCUGACUUGUUCCGCCUGCUGCCGUUCUCCAUUUUCGUCAUCAUCCCGUUCAUGGAAUUGGCUCUGCCGAUCUUCUUGAAGCUUUUCCCGGGAAUGUUGCCAUCAACUUUCCAGGAGAAAUCGAAAGAGGAUGAGAAAAUUGCGAAACAACUGAAAGUCCGCGUCGAGAUGGCCAAAUUUUUGCAAGACACUAUUGAAGAACUUGCCCUGGAACGAAAAGGCCGCAGCGCUGACGGUGCUCAAGGCGAAAGCAAGGCUUUGGAGUUUGCCCGCUUUUUGAAAAAUGUUCGGACGGAAGGAGGUUAUGUUUCGAACGAGGAGCUUUUCAAGUAUACGAAAUUGUUCGAGGAUGAACUGACACUUGACAACUUGUCAAUGUCGCAGCUGCGUGCCCUUUGUAAGCUGCUCUCGAUCCAGCCACUUGGUACUCCUGAAAUUCUACGUUUCCAGCUUAACAUGAAACUUCGUGAGCUCAAGGCAGACGAUAAGCAAAUCUCUGCCGAGGGUGGAAUCGACGUGCUCUCUGUGGCCGAACUCCAAUCAGCUUGCAGGGUUCGUGGAAUGCGUGCCCAAGGUCUUUCCGAGCAGCGUUUGAAGGAACAGAUGCGCCAAUGGCUGGAGCUUUCGAUGAACGAUAAGGUUCCUCCAUCUCUGUUGCUUCUUUCCCGUACCAUGUAUCUGCCCGAGGAGAUAUCAUUCACUGAUCGUCUCAAAAAUAUCAUGCAGAAUAUUCCUGAGGGCAUCGCCGAACAAACCCGGCAGAAGCUGACCGAAAUCGAAGGAGGCAAGAUUGAUCACAAGGAAAGGAUCGCCCUCAUCAAGUCAAUUGAAGACGGGAUCAAGAAGGAGAAGGAAUUGGCAGCUAAACAAGAAAAUGAGAAAGCCAAAGAGGUUGCUGCUAAGGCUGAAUUAGAAGCUGAGAAGGCCAAGAGUGACGCAGAAAAAGUACAACAAUGGACAGAUGAUCUUAAGACGAAGAAUCUCAUGGAGGAUGCUAUUGCUCAGGCGGCUCAUGCUGCUCACCAAAGCGUCGAGGAAGUGAAGGCCGGCCUGGCGAAUAUCACAAAGGACAUCGGCGCUGAAAAGAAGGACGCCAAAGAGGAACUGAAGCUGGACCCUACCGAACUUGCCUCUAUUGAGAAAAUUAUUCAUGGCGGUGCAAUCCAUGAGGCGAGACAUGACAUCAUCGGCCUCAAGGAAAAAGUCAUCGAGCACACUGAAGAUUUGUUGGAAGUGAGCUCGCUAGAUGGCGAAUUUUCCGAAUCGAAGGUCGCUCAACGUCUUCGAACCAAGUUGAACUCCAUGAUCGAAAACGUUGAUCAUCUGGUGACGAAAUUGGAAACUGAAAAGAAGAAUGUUGGCGAAACUAUUGCUGACCCGGCCGUGCCAAAAUCUGCUGCCGACAAGAAGGACCGGCUGCUGCGCAUUACGGAUUUAAUUUCUAACCUCCAAAAGCUCAAAGCCGUUACUGGUGAUGAGAAGAAGGAGCGGAUUGAGAAGAUCCUGAAUGCCCUUGAUGAGGACAAAGAUGGUGUCGUCGAUUCUGCGCUGGUCUUGGAGGUUAUCGAGUUGAUGGAGAAACAUAGUGACGUGCCUUUCUCAGCUGGCCAAGUAACGGCAAUGAUCGAAAUGUUGAAGAAGGAGGACCAUGCGGAGGCGAUUGCGAAGGCCAUGGAACAGUUCAAUAUUGCGGCGCCCAUUCUGCCGCAGGGACCUUCCAAUGAGCACGACCUUUCAACGAAUGAUCCCAACAAUGGACCUCUUGAUGUUUCCGAUGUAAAGGUACCAGGAACCGCACCUCUGAAUAACAAGGAAAACGGCGCCAACAAGAAAACUCCUCAACUU